GUCACUUUUGGAUGCCCGCAUGUUUGAACACGCCAUUUUGCUAUCCGCGUCUUUACUACGCAUCUAGUCGUGCCCCGUGAUAUAUAUUUCUUGGACCGCCUAAGCUAUGGGGGUCCCAAAAUUAUGGGAUCUGAUCAAGGAUACGGCUGAGACGCGUUCCUUAAUGCAUCUAGCUGUGGUGGAUGGGUUCGAAAAGAAUAUCAAUGGGAAACGUGGGUACCGGAUUGGUAUUGACGCGAGUAUCUGGUUCUUUCAUGCAAAGAAUAGCCGAGAAGGAGAAAAUCCAGAACUCAGACUGGUGUUCUUUCGUCUUGCCAAACUCCUGGCUCAGCCCAUCCUACCAUUGUUUGUAUUCGAUGGGGGACGCAGGCCCGCGUGGAAGCGCAACAAAGAGAUAUCCCGGAAGCCUCACUGGAUGGUACAAGGCGUCAAAGAUAUGAUUUUAGCUUUUGGAUUUGAGUGGAAACAGGUUCGUGAGCUGGGCAACAAGAACUCGGAAGCAGAACUAGCCUACCUCAAUCAAAUCGGAGAAAUUGACGCCGUUUUGUCGGACGAUGUAGACAACUUUUUGUUUGGGGCUAAGAUCGUGAUCCGAAACCCCGGGAGAGGCCUCACGGGCAAUCUGAGCAAUCCUGCUCUUAAUUCUCAAGGGAAGGACGAUGGGCACCAUGUACGGAUAUUCAAUGCGGAUGUUCUCGCGAACGAUCCAAAUCUUCGAUUAACAAGAGCUGGCUUUGUCCUUAUUGGACUCAUGAGCGGGGGAGAUUAUGAACAGGAUCGUUUGGAAGGAUCAGCUGUGGAUGGCUGCGGCGUUGACACGGCGCAUGCCCUAGCAAAAUGCGGAUUUGGAGAUUCUCUUUUGGACGCCUUUGCAUCCCUCACACCCGUGAAAUUCCAGGCAUUUCUUGACACUUGGAGAGAGGAUCUUCGCAUGGAGCUUCGUACCAAUUCUCAAGGCUUCCUUAAGACUAAAAAGACUGCUCUAUCGACCAAGAUCCCAGACACAUUCCCAAACCUGGAUGUCUUGACGGCAUACGCUUCACCUGUCACCUCGGAAUCUACCUCAAAUGGCCGCCCAGCGCCAGAUCGAUGGUGCCGUGAGCACAGCCUUGCCCGACUCGCGACUUUCUGUGAGAGUAAAUUCGAGUGGGGAACUAAAACACAGAUUCAAAAGCGCUUCGCUAGCCUCCUCUGGGGAGGGGCCCUCAUUCGCAUCAUUCGACGAGCAGCCUUGGAUCUUGAUAAUGGCGUUAGGGAAUCGGGACGACGUUUGGUAUUAUUUGAAACAUCCCAACCAGAGACUCCAAAAACUCCCGUCAAAUCCGGGGCCAAAAGGGACAGCGGUCACAGAGGCGACAGCACUGUCGAAACACCAUCUAAAGUAGUUGCGGCCUGCCUCUCUGAGCUGGCGCUGACCUCGCCUCAGCGAUCACGCGUUGUGGACCAUGGCACCAAGGGCAGCGAUUAUUUCAUCAGAGGGAUCACUGGAAGUACCGCUGAUCACCCGUCGACGGACUAUAUGCUGGAAUAUCGAGUAGAAAUUAAUCCAGCGCAGCUCAUUGCCUUGACCCUCUCUGGCAUCCGAGGAGACAGAGAGGAUAUGGAAGACGAUAAUCUUCUCAGCAGUACUGAUGCAAGUCCCAGUAUGAAUCACAAAUCGCCCCGGCGCACAGCCAAGGGGCUUCGUUUCUGGGUUCCCGCCUCCAUGCUAGAAUUGGUGGAACCCGACUUGGUAGCAAUCUAUAAGGCUUCCCAAGCCCAGAAGGCUGCCAAAAAGAAGUCAGGGAAAAAGUGUGGUGUGCGCAGCAAAUCCUCGGAAUCAGCUAGCCGGACAUCUGCCCCUUUUGAUUCGGAAGACUCAUUGGACGGUCGGCUAGCGACAAUGCCAAAUUCAAAGGCAGCUUUUCACCGCAAUCUAUCUCCGAUCUUGAGCGACGAUGAUACAGGAGUAAAAGCAGCGUCUCGGUCACCUUCCGACGUGCUUGAUAAUCCCUUUGACAUAACAUCUACGAAUGUCCCGAAACCCUUGGUGCGUCGAGGCCCUUCGUCUACGAGUUCAGUCAUUACUCGUGGGAUUAUAGCUUCAAUCGCCCACAUAACAUCUUCCGAGAAUCAAUUUAAGGCAUCUUCUCAGGCUCGAUGCCCGUGGGACAAAUUUUUCUCCGACGACGAGCCCCUGUCCGGGUCGCAAACCAAAUCUCAUCUCGUUACAUCCCCGCGGAAAGUUUCCGGAAGUGAAUCACGCGAUGCGAAGCCGUGGGACUCCGGGGCCAUUUCCGGCAACCCCAAACACGCUGGACCUCGCGCUGCCUCACGAAAGUGUAGGGUACCAAAAAACUCCCGAAAUGUUAUUAAGCAACCGCAUAAUAACAAAGACCAAAGGCGACUGCCUGUAGGACUGGAUCCACUAUCGGAUUCUUCCGCAAGCGAGACUCAUGACCCGGACGUUCGGGCAGACUCUCCGUCCCCGUCGCAUCAAAUGGGACGGCAAGAUAGGAUACGCUUGAUUCCUGCGUCGGCGCAGAUUCGAUCAGCGUCUACGACUUCGAGGCAACGCGUAACAGUUGUGGAGAUUAUCGAUAUCAGUAGCAAUUCGGAUUCCGAACCGCGAUCUCUCAAACCGUCGUCGCCGUCGAUCAAUCAGCCCGUUCCACCCGGAUCACCCGGCUCUCGGAAGGGUGGUCCAAGUAGACAGACAACACUUCCUCCAUCUUGGGUUCGAGAGACUGCCAAUGGGACAUCUUCACUAGUUACUCGUCCGGAACAACGCCCAUCGAGGGCAAAGGCAACAACGAGCACAUCUAACGGAAUCAUCGACCUCUCAAGUCCUUAAUUGGAAAACCUGAGUUUGAUGGCCUCGGCCUCGUGGCGGGAUUUUGGAUUAGAUGCAGGACAUCAUGGAAGGAGGUCAAUCUCUAUAUAUGGACGUGCUUUCUUGCUUCUGAACAACCCUAUUCGCUUCCGUCCGCAUGAGAGCGGCAUUCUAAUUAACGACAGCCACAAAAUCGUCAUUCGCAAUCCAUAGAUCCCAAUAACUACAAUUCAAGAUGAGAGGGGUAUGAUCAACCAACCACAACACAGGAAUGUUGCCACAAAAACUAGCCGCGCGGUCGGUCAAUGGGAUUCCUUUACACC